AUGACUGAAGCCAAACAAGAUUUAAUUGAAUUAUCAACAAAUCCUUUAGCUGUAUGGAUAAAUACACAUUAUGAUGAAUUGAGUGCAGGUAUGACGUGUGAAAAUGCUCUAUUCUGCAAACCAUCAGACAUGAAAGACAAGAAUUUCCAAAUGAGCAUUAAGGAUAAAUGUGAUAAGAAACAGAGAAGAAUAGAUGGUAAACAAACAUGGUGUUAUGUUUUGAAAGAAGAAAUGAAAGGAUUAUAUAAACAGGUUGAACCAAACGAUAAUGAGGAUUCAUUUACUGACGAUGAAAUACCUGUAAAUGAUGCUUUAUAA